CCGCUUAAAACCAAGAUGUUGCUCAGACGAUCUUCGAUCUGUCUGCGAAUCUUCGCACUGUUCUUAGUAGCUGUUUUCCGACCAAUUUUCGGUCAGGAGAGCCCAACAAGAGUCACGGAAUCGGGUACGAUCAUGGGCUCGACAGCCACCGUAGAGCGGGUGGUUGUCGAGCGGUACUUGGGUGUCCCGUACGCGUCGCCACCCUUGGGCAACCUCCGGUUCCUGAAGCCCCAGCCCGUGCGGGAAUGGGAGGGCGUGAAGUACGCGAACGACUACGGGGAUUCCUGUAUGCAGUACCCGCAGCCCGAGAAUAUCGCCACCUCAGAGGACUGUCUGUACCUGAACGUGUUCGUGCCGAGGGUUACGCUGGAGGAGGAUGAGACCAACAUGGCGGUCAUGGUUUACCUACACGGAGGACGAUUUAAUUCGGACACGGCGACGGCCUAUAACGGAGAGUGGCUGGCAGCAGUGGGGGAAGUGAUCGUGGUGACCGUGAACUACCGUCUGAACGUGUUCGGGUUCCUGAGUACCGGGGACCGGACGGCCCCGGGGAACUACGGGCUUCUGGACCAGCAGGCAGCCGUGCAGUGGGUCAGGGACAACAUCGACAACUUCGGCGGGGACCCUAACAGGAUAACCCUGUUCGGCCAGAGUGCGGGCGGUGCGUCGGUCAGUAUGCAGGUUCUCUCCCCGCAGAACAACGGCCUCUUCAAGCGGGCUAUCUGCCAAAGCGGCGUCGCCAUGAGCCCUGGCAUGAUCAACCUGGACCCGUUGGCGUCUGUCCGCGCGCUGUGCGAGUACCUGAACUGCCGUACCCAGGACCCGGUGGACAUGGUCACGGUGCUCAGGAGGGUCAGCGCUAACGAGCUGGCACGGGCAGCAGCAAGGUUCACAGGUAACUACACGGAGCGGAUCUGGACGCCCGUGAUAGACGGAGACUUCCUUCCAGACGACCCUGUCCGCCUGCUGGAGCGCGGCUCGGUCCCGGACAGGCAGCUGCUGCUGGGCUUCAACCAGGACGAGGGCGCCUACCUGAUGAUGGAGGGUCUACCGGGGUACUAUAUCAACAACAGGGCCACCUACAACUACUACAUGAACGCUUCACUGUUCCACGCUUUCCCUACUAACACUGAGGUAAGUUCAUGAUUCACGAGUGCGGAUUCUCUGCAGCAGACCUUCACCACCAUGUACGGAGACUUCGCCUACAUCGCCUCCACCAUGCAGAUGGCAAACCUAUACAGAAAGUUGAGAAUGUCUACGUACGUGUACCAGUUCACGCACGCUCGGCGGUCCACCCUGCCCGCCUGGGCAGGAGCCGUGCACGGGGACGAGCUGUACUUCCUCUUCCCCACCGCUAGGGGGAACAACCCCGACCUCAUGACGGACGACGAGAUGCAGCUGGUCAGGGUCAUGAUGACGUACUGGUCAAACUUCGCCAAGUCCGGGUAA